GAGAGAAGAAACUGCCGGAAGGAGAAAGAAGAGAGGGGGCGGGGACGCAAGAGGAAGAGGAGAGAGUUGCAAAGAAAAAGAAGAGGUAGGAGGAGAGAAAGCUAGAAGGAAAGAAAGGGAAAGGAGAGUUAGAGGUACAUGAAGGAGGUGAGAAAGAGGGAGACACAAGGUGGAGAGAAGCCCUCAGAAGGAGAGAGAACCAAGAGUGGGAACGUGAAAGGGAAACAGCCCAGGGGGUAACCAGGGAGCAGCCAUGGAGGGAACCGGAGGAGAACUGGGGGGACAGGGGAACUGGGGUCUGGAAGAUGCCCCAGGCCUCUUGGCCAGGGCCUCCCUGCCCAUCAUACCUGCAUGGCCAUUGCCCCUGGCCUCCUCAGCCCUUACUCUGCUCCUUGGAGCCCUCACUUCCCUUUUCCUCUGGUACUGCUACCGUCUGGGCUCCCAAGACAUGCAGGCCCUGGGGGAUGGGAGUCGGGCUGGGAGUGUCAGUGGUGGGCCUGGGGGAUGCUCUGAAGCUGGCAGGCCUAGCCCAGGGAGCUCUGGGGAGCCUGGGGAAGGACCCAGGACAGAAGGCCUAGUGAGCCGUCGCCUUCGGGCCUAUGCCAGACGCUACUCCUGGGCGGGGAUGGGUAGGGUGAGGCGGGCAGCUCAGGGUGGCCCAGGCCCUGGGGGAGGGCUAGGGGUCCUGGGCAUUCAGCGCCCAGGCCUGCUUUUCCUGCCAGACCUGCCUUCAGCCCCCUUCGUGCCACGGGAUGCCCAGCGGCAUGACGUGGAGCUCCUGGAGAGCAGCUUCCCUGCCAUUUUGCGGGACUUUGGGGCUGUGAGCUGCGACUUCUCAGGGACUACCCCUCUGCCUCGGGGCUGGUCCCCACCCCUGGCCCCUGGGUGCUACCAGCUCCUGCUGUACCAAGCAGGCCGGUGCCAACCCAGCAACUGCCGCCAGUGCCCAGGAGCCUAUCGGGCACUGAGGGGGCUGCGGAGCUUUAUGAGCGCCAACACCUUCGGCAAUGCUGGCUUUUCCGUCCUCCUGCCUGGGGCCCGGCUCGAGAGCCGCUGCGGGCCCACCAAUGCGCGGGUCAGAUGUCAUCUGGGCCUGAAGAUCCCCCCUGGCUGUGAGCUGGUGGUCGGGGGUGAGCCCCAGUGCUGGGCUGAGGGACACUGUCUACUGGUGGAUGAUUCCUUCCUGCACACAGUGGCUCAUAAUGGCUCCCCUGAAGAUGGGCCUCGAGUGGUCUUCAUCGUGGAUCUCUGGCACCCCAACGUGGCUGGGGCCGAGCGCCAGGCCCUCGACUUUGUCUUCGCACCAGACCCUUGAAGGAAGGUGUUCCCUUCAGACAUCGGGCUGGAGAGAUGCUGCACUCAGGGAUGGCUUGAGUGGCAGCCAGGAGCUCCUCUCCAUUGCACGGGCUGGGGUGGGGCUGAGGGUGGGAACUGGCCAGCAAACACUGAAAUACAGAUUUUAAAUCUUAACUCCUGACUACUUUCUUCCCAGCUACCAGCCCCAGGGAAAGGCUUGGGGCAGGAGUUCAGGUCUUCUCCCAUCCAACCAGCCAGGUACAAGCCAUCUCCCUGGCCCUUUCCCCAGGAGCUAGCACCAGACCCUCAAUUCAACUUUAUUCCAAUAAUUUAAUAGAAAAUUAAAAUAAAUAAUAUGAAACAGAUUGAGAAGAUGGCUGAGCUGGUGCAGGCCCAGGUCAGCCUAGUAGAAAGUUAAGGAGGUAGGGAGAAUGGUGGGGGAAGGAAGAGGCAGGCAAACUACCCUGCACAAUGGUAAGGAGGCGGCUCAGAAUGUGGUGGGUGUUAUUAAUGGCUGGCUUGACACUUUGCCAUGUACAAUGUACUAAAAAAA